AUGCAUAGACAUCUGAAACUGACCCUCAUACCGUAUCAUCACCCACAGACCGACCCUUCCGGUGGUCCAUCGAUCCAAGUCCAUCCUGCCGAAGCUACUUCCUCUCGGAAUCAGUCAUCAACAGCCUCUACUGCUGCCGGCUUUGCGCCCCAAGACAAAGCCCUACCAGUACCAGCGUCCACUUCACCUGCCCACGCUGCCGCCUCUUCGACUGCUUCGACAUCAACAUCAUCAAAGCAACCAUCGCAAACACACCAAGAUCAACAAGCCCGCGACAUGAAGCAGUACGCCAACGGCAACCAUCUCUCCGUCCCGGCAGCCGGAGUACACAAGAACAGCAAUGGUGCCAACGAGCAGUAUCAACGCGAGGCCGAGCGCAUCGUUGCCGAAGAGCGCGAGGCUGCAGAAAAGAUGCCCUUCUACGAGGGCCUCAGCGAGCGAUUCCAGCUCAUCAAAAAGAUGGGCGACGGCGCCUUCUCCAACGUCUACAAAGCCAGAGAUCGACAGACCGGUCAGAAGGUCGCCAUCAAGGUCGUUCGCAAGUACGAGUUGAAUAGCAACCAGGUGCGUAUCCUCCAUAUCUUGUGA